AUGUCGUCUCUGGGAAUCCGUGGCAAUAGCCUCAACAUUGUGGCAAUCCUGGGUGUUCUUAUGCCUGGAAUUAUGACCGUUGGCUAUAAUGCUGCUUCGCUUGGUGGAAUUUUGAGUCUGAAGAGCUUUGAAAAUCAAUUCCCUGAGAUCGACGUGGAUCAUGCUAAAGAUCAGUCGUAUACAUCGACUAUACAGGGAACCGUUGUCGCUGCUUAUGCGGUUGGUGGCUUCCUGGGUACCUUUUCUUGCAUUUUCUUGGGCGACAAACUCGGACGUCGAUGGACGAUGAUGACAGGAUCUGCUGUGCAGAUUAUUGGUUGUAUCUUGAAUGCCACGGCUUCCACCCUAGCCCAGCUCAUCGUUUCUCGGAUCACCAUCGGGUUCGGCACCGGUGCGUUGUUGGCCACAAUCCCUCUUUGGCAGUCUGAAAUCUCCCCUGCGAAGAAACGUGGCAGGCACGUUGCCACCAAGGGAAUCUUCAGCGGUUUUGGAUGCGCUCUCGCCCUGUUCCUUGAAUUUGGAAUGUCUUUCAUGGGAAGCAGUGUUGCAUGGCGUUUUCCAUCUGCAUUCCCUGUUCUGCUCUCAGCCAUCGUCUUUGUAUUCGCUGCUCUUCUUCCCGAUUCUCCUCGUUGGCUUCUUCGACAAGGACGAGUUGCCGAGGCCCGUGAGGUUCUGGCCAUGCUGGAAGAUACUUGUGUCAAUGACGGAAUUAUCGACGAGAAGGUCAACGAAGUACAGGCCUCACUAGACUUGUCCGGCGGGAAGAGGUCAUUGGGUCAGAUCUUCCACAUGGGACCGCAGAGGAUUUUCCAUCGAGCUAUGCUUGCAGUUGGACCUCUGGUUUUCCUACAAUUGACUGGUGCAACGGUCACAACCUUCUAUACAACCUCCAUUUUCGAGAAUAAUCUCGGGCUCGACGAAAAAACCUCUCGACUUCUAGCAGGAGUCUACCAGCUCGUUGGACCAAUCGGAGGUACUGUCUGUGUCCUCGGUAUCGAAGGCUUUGGUCGUCGGAAGCUUCUGAUGGCCAGCACGAUCGGAAACACCAUCUGCCUCGUGCUCAUUGCAAGCCUUGGGUCCAUGUCCGGUAACCUAUGGGCAUCACACGGAGCCGUUUUCUUCCUGUUCUUGUUUCAUUUCAGCUAUAUCAUCGGAUUCGGUGGCAUUCCUUACCUUUUUGCCACGGAGAUCGCGCCACUCCACCUCCGCACCACAAUAAAUAGCAUGAGCAUCAGUGUUUCCUGGAUCUUCAGCAUCUUGAUCACCAACAUCACACCUCUCGCAUUCAAUCUGAUGGGUCAACGAUACUUUCUCGUUUUCGCCGGCCUCAAUGCCCUGAUGACACCUGCGAUUUAUUACCUGUUCCCCGAGACGGCAGGACGCAGUCUCGAAGAGAUGGAUGAGAUUUUUGCGCUUUCUCGAGGCGUGCUGGAUGCUGUUCAUAUGGCUAGAAAACUUCCACAUCGUCAUCAGAUUGAAUAUCAGUCUGAUAAGAAGUUAGAUGAUGACUUGAAAGACCCCGCAGCUUUGGCCUGA